AGCAGGCUGGUCACAGGGGGAGCUGCUGACACGUCAGAAAAACUACACUUGUAAACACAGCACUUCUAGCUAGCAAAAUCCAGGAAAAGGAAGAGAGUUCAAACUUCAAACACUGGGGAACUCAGCCUGCUCACAGCCGCAAUUCUGGCUGGAUGAUGGAAUAUAACUCUAGCCAAGUACCACUGAAUAUUUUUGCUGAAGACUUGUAAAACCCUCAAAUUACCACUUCUGUUAAAGCAAGAGUUGCUAAAGAUCUACAAGCAAUGGAGUCCAAGGUUGCCUGCCCCAGUGUUUGCAUUCCUAGCUCAGAUGAACACAGAGAGAAACGGAAGAGGUAUACUGUUUACAAGGUUAUUGUCUCUAUUGGGAGAAAUGAGUGGUUUGUCUUUAGACGUUAUGCUGAAUUUGAUAAACUAUACAAUGCACUUAGAAAACAGUUUCCCAACAUUAAUUUGAAGAUUCCUGCCAAAAGGAUCUUUGGGGAUAACUUUGAUCCAGAGUUCAUACAACAGAGAAGAGCCGGACUGAACGAGUUUAUUCAGAAUUUACUGCAGCACACACAGCUAUGCAACCACCCUGAUGUAAAAGCAUUCUUGCAGUUGGACAGCCCCAAACAUCAGUUAGAGCCACCAGAAGAUGAAGAUGAAAGUAAUGACCACAAGAAUGGUUCUACAUCUCACAAUGUCAACCUGGGACCAUCUGGAAACCCACAUGCUAAGCCUUCUGACUUUGAAUACCUGAAAACUUUGGGAAAAGGAAGCUUUGGAAAAGUUAUUCUUACAAGAAGAAAGCUUGACAGUAAAUAUUAUGCAAUUAAGGUGCUGCAGAAGAAAGUUAUUCUCAACAAGAAAGAGCAAAAGCACAUUAUGGCUGAACGAAAUGUGCUUUUAAAAAAUGUGAAGCACCCAUUUCUGGUGGGAUUACAUUACUCAUUCCAGACCUCGGAUCAGCUGUUUUUUGUGCUGGAUUUUGUAAAUGGGGGAGAGCUUUUUUUUCAUUUGCAAAGAGAGCGGUACUUUGCUGAGCCCAGAGCCCAGUUUUAUGCGGCAGAAAUAGCCAGUGCACUCGGCUACUUACACUCCAUCCAGAUUAUAUACAGGGAUUUAAAACCAGAAAACAUUCUUCUAGAUUCACAGGGUCACAUUGUUUUAACUGAUUUUGGUCUUUGCAAAGAAGGGAUUGCAAAUUCUGACACAACACUUACCUUUUGCGGGACACCGGAAUACCUAGCUCCUGAAGUAAUAAUGAAACAGCCAUAUGACAACACGGUAGACUGGUGGUGCCUUGGCUCUGUCCUUUAUGAGAUGUUACAUGGGCUGCCUCCGUUUUACAAUCGAGAUACUGCAGAGAUGUAUGAAAAUAUUCUUCACAAGCCCCUGGUUAUGCGGAAUGAUAUCAAUUUAACUGCUUCAUCAAUCUUAGAAGAACUGCUUGAGAGAAAUCCCAAAACGAGACUUGGAGCAAAUGGCUUUCAAGAUAUACAGAAUCAUCCUUUCUUCAGCUGCAUUAACUGGAAUGAUCUUGUUCAAAAGAAGAUACCUCCACCAUAUGACCCUAAUGUGGAUGGGCCAGACGAUAUUUCAAAUUUUGACACAGAAUUUACAGAAGCAAUGGUUCCAUACUCUGUGUGUGUAUCUUCGGACUAUUCAAUUGUAAAUGCAAGUGUUGAAGAAGCUGAUGACGCCUUUGUAGGAUUCUCUUAUGCGCCACCAUCUGAUGACUUUUACUAUUAGUUUCCUUUUGAGAAGAGAAUGGACUACAUUUUACAUCAUACUCAAGAAGUUGGUCUGAAAACCUGAUCAAAGGAAUAGUUACAGGGUUUCACGUAAAUAGUAAAACUAAGUUUAGGCAGUGUCUCACUGGAAUUACAUUGUCUAUCAAAGCUUCUGCCAGAUGUUUAAGCAACUAUUUGCAUUUUGUGAAAUAUUUUAUAGCCUACACAUGUGGUUAAUAUGUUUGCAAGCUCAUUUGCACAAGAAACUGUUUUAAUUUCCAACUGUGAAAGCAGCAAUCUUCUCUACUCUCAUGAAAGAAAAGGGACGUAACAUGUUCAUUUAAUUCAAUUCCAUUCUUGUUUUUUUCAUAUGACUCCCAUGUUUCUGAUAUACUUCUCAUGUCAGAGUUUUGUUUCGUUUUCAGGAAUCAAUAUGGCUGCCAUGCAAGCCUGGAAUACACCGUGAACCACAACCUCAUUAAGUGAAUUUCUGAACACCUCUGAUAUUCAUCUUUGAUAUAGUAUCAAAGUCUGCUUUAUAUUAAAACAUUAUUAUUCCAGAAACUAUGGGUAGAUUAAUCUAUUUCUUAAAGGGUAUUUCUAAUUCAACAAUAAAAUUCUCUUAUUUGCUAGAGCUAUUUAUUAUUGUACAAAUGUUUCUGUUGAGCUUUUGUAUAAUACUAAAAUACUAAGAUGUUCAAAAAAUAAGAGCAAUUUGGGAAUGCGUUAGAAUAGCCCUUUAACAGAUCAUAUAGGGGGGUUGCUGCUUUAGGAAUUUUUAACUGGCUUGUACUUCUGUAGGUAUCAUGUAAAUGAUAUUUAUGCAGUGCAACUCAUCUCUUACGUUCUGUAAUAUUGCACAAAUUCAUUCCAUGCAAUACAAUCUCUGCUUUUUAAUGUUAGAUUUCUAAAUUCAAGUAUAUUUAGUUAUGCAAUGGAUGCCUUAAACCUUUGUAUACGGAGUGCACCCUCUUAUGUUACACACUUUUGGGUGGGAGGUAUUUUCAAAUUUGAAACUGCUAGAGUGACUACAAAUACUCAUACACAAUAACAAUGCGUUUACAUGGCCCUUGUUAUGUUGUGAGCCAAUGUAGCUUGAUUUGGCUAUGAACAAUUUAUGCCAUAUAAUACACUUGAGGGAUUUUUACAUUGUUACAUGUUUAAUAGUUCCCUAUGAAGCACAUUAAUGGAAAGUAAACAUAAAACAAUUUAAUCAAGUUAAAAAGGGACAGAAUCUGAUUGGCUAUGCCACCUGCUUUCAAGAGAUAAAAAUGGAUCAGAACUGAAACAGGCAUUGCACAAUGUAAACACAACACUUUGGGGGCUACUACACAAGAUAUUUUAGCGAAUGUUUUAAAAUAAAUGAUUGCAAGCUCUGUACCAGAGUCUUUUAAAUGCCCCAUUAAAUAGUUUUAUGUUUACCAAUCAUAAAGUAAUAUUCCUACUUUUUCUAACUAAAUAAUUGACUCAUUUUGGUCCUAUAAUAAUCUGUUUGGAUUAUUCCAUUCUAAAACAUUUUUGAGGGCUGGUCCACACCAUUGGACCACUAGUAGAUUGUGAUUGUAUUCAUUUCAAGCAUAUUUAAACAUUUGUAGCGUCAUAAUCAUUUGAAAUGGGAAAAGUCUCCUGCAAACUGCACUACGGAGCUGAUAGAUUCAGGAACAUACAUAAAUCACACCCUGCAGAUUUAUAUGUGUUGAGAUGUUAAAGGGACAUGAAACCCCAAAUUUUUCUUUCUUGAUUCAGAUAGAGGAUACAAUUUUAAAAAAAAAAGUUUCCAAUUUGCUUUUAUCAAAUUGGCUUUGUUCAUUUGCUUCAUGUUAUUUGUUUGUUGAAGAGAUAUCUAGAUAGUGCUGCCAUCUAGCACUCUUGCUAAUUUAUAACUGUUGCAACACUGCUGCCAUAUAGUGCUAUAGUCACAUGCACACUCCUGAACCUACCGCCCUGCUUUUCAACAAAGGAUAACAAGAAAACAAAAAAAGUUUGAUAAUAGAAGUAAACUGGAAAGUUGUUCAAAAUGGUAUGCUGUAUCCGAAUCAUGAAAUAAAAUUUUGCGUUUUAUGUCCCUUUAAUGUUUGACAUAAAAUAUUUAGUUAGUAGAUUAAACUACUUUUUUUGUGAAUGGAUGAAAAUAGAGUAAAAAUCUUGAGUUGUCCUAUAGCUAUGGAAACAAGAUGUGCCUUAUUUCUGCUAUGCAAUUCUAUUUUGUAACAAAGUAGUAUAAAUCAUAAUGUUCUGCUAUAUGGAAUAUAUUUUUUGUAAAACAUCGAUUACUCAAAUAAAAUAACAAUUUUGUUAAAAUAUGAA